AUGGCCACCGCCGAAAUUGAUCCGUUACUUUUCCUGCGGCAAGCGAUUGCCGCUGGCUCGCCUGUCGUGCCCACGGCCACCGAUGCCAGCGACGCGCCCACCACGCCUUUGCCCCAGGCCCGCUUCCUGCAAUUCGGUGAAGGCGCGGCCGCUGGCGACCGCACGGCUGUACCUAUCGAUGCCCCCACGCGCUUUGUGUCCAAUGACGUGCCCGUCGACCUGCGGUCCAUCUACUUUGCGUGGCUCAAUCGUGAGGUGGCCAUUCACGAGUACAAUGCGGCGGCCACGCGCCUCAAUGAAGAGCUCGCGACGGUCGGGUCGACGGCAACGGUGCACAAGUUUGCGUUUGUCGAACGCCUGGAUCUUAUCACGUGGCUCGAGGGCGCGAGUGAGGAGAGCGAGUACAUCAAGGCCGUAGGCGGUGCAGGUGUGGCUGGCGCUGCGGGUGCAGCGCCCGGUGCCCGGACGGAUGCCGGCGCUGCGGCAACAGUGUCGCGGGCGGGCCGAGGCGCGCUCAUCGACCCGCGCCUGGCGGUCAUCUACAGCGGCGAGCGGCGCACGGGCGACCACAAUACGGUCCUGCGCGGUAUCAAGCCAACGGACUUCUCGCACGUGAGAAAGCUGGCCGUGCCAUUCAUGUCGCGCAAGCAGCAGGGUGGCGCCGCACCUGUGGGUGCCCUCGAUGCCGCCAAGAAGCUGCCCGGCGCUGCACUGCCGCUCAACCCCAAGAGCGGCCCCACGCGGCGGCCGGAUCCCAUCAUUCUGCUGUCGCCCUCGGCGUCCAGCCUGCUGCGCAUGUCCAACAUCAAGUCCUUUUUGGAGUCCGGCCGUUACACCCCCGCCGACAACAGCUCCACGGCCACCAUGCUGCACUUGACCCGCACGAUGAAGGACAUCGACCCGGCGCGCGCUCUGCGCUUCAUCCUCGUGGAAGGCCCCGAGCACUUCAAGCCCGAGUACUGGAACCGCGUCGUUGCCGUCUUCACAACCGGCCAGGCCUGGCAGUUCAAGAGCUACAAGUGGACGACGCCGACCGAGCUCUUCAAGCACGUCCAAGGCAUCUACGUCGGCUGGCGCGGCGAGCCCGUUCCCGCGGGCGUUCGUGACUGGGGCCACCGCGUGCUCAACUGCGCCAUUGACAAGUACACCGAUCCCAAUCUACCAGGCGCGGACGUCAACCGUUGGCGUGAUCGUGAGGUGUCUGAGUCGAUCUGGAAGGCGAUUGAGCAUAACAUGCGGCAAAAGGGCUGGACGCGAGACUCGGGCGCGACGCUGGUUUAG